GCAAUGGCGAUUCACCUAUCUGGUGUGUUUUUCAACAAAUCUUCAAUCUCUUCACCUGUUUUUCAGCAUCAAAGAAGACCGCCGUUAACGGUGUUUGCAGCCGCCUCCGCCUCCGCCUCGGCCGCGCAUCCUCCUUCGUCCCCACCCACUAUUCAGAUUGUUGGUGGGAAAUCUGCAAGUUGGUAUGGAAAUGGAGACAUGAAUUCUAGUAACGCAGUCGACUGUUUCAAAGACGGGUAUGAUUGGGCUGAUCUUGAGAACGAUCUUUAUCACUGGACGAAGACAUUGCGGCCUGUUCAGUGGUAUCCAGGCCAUAUUGCAAAAACAGAAAGGGAACUCAAGGAACAGCUAAAAUUGAUGGAUGUGGUCAUAGAAGUGAGGGAUGGUAGGAUUCCAAUGUCUACAAGUCAUCCUCAGAUGGAUUCAUGGCUGGGUAAUAGAAAGAGAAUCUUGGUAUUGAAUAGAGAAGACAUGAUAUCAACUGCAGAUCGGAAUGCUUGGGCGGAUUAUUAUGGAAGACAAGGAAUAAAAGUCGUCUUCUCCAAUGGGAAGCUUGGAAUGGGAGCCAUGAAGUUAGGAAGAUUGGCAAAAUCAGUAGCUGCAGAAGUGAAUAUUAAACGCAGAGCAAGAGGGCUGCUUCCUCGUCCGGUGCGAGCCGGAAUAGUUGGCUAUCCAAAUGUUGGGAAGUCAUCUUUGAUAAAUCGUUUACUAAAGCGUCGAAUGUGUCCAGCAGCUCCACGACCAGGCGUAACGAGAUCAUUAAAAUGGGUUCGCUUCGGGAGCGACCUAGAGUUGCUAGACUCACCUGGAAUAAUCCCGAUGAGAAUGAGUGAUCAAACGGCAGCAAUAAAGCUUGCGAUAUGUGACGACAUUGGGGAGAAAUCAUAUGAUGUUACCGAUGUUGCAGCCGUUCUUGUACAAAUGCUGUCAAAGCUUCCAGCCGCAAAUAACAAUGUUCUAUGGGAGCGUUACAAGAUUGACACCGAUGGUCGUUGUGGUAAAACAUUUGUCCACAAGCUUGCAAUCGAGUUGUUCAACGGAGAUGAGCAUCAAGGAGCCUUUCGGAUCUUGUCGGACUUCCGAAAAGGGAGAUUGGGUUUGAGGGCACUCGAGAGACCCGUUCCAUCUCGUCUUACAUAAACACGUAAAAAUGGAAAAACCGGAGUUACGGAAACCGAAGAUGAUAAUAGGAUUUAGAUGUUUGUAGACAUACUACAAAAAGGGAAAACCCUGUUAAGUUCUUGUAUAAUAGCUUUUUUAUUGCUUAGUUUACUAAAACUGUUGUAAGAUGUAAAGUUAUGUACUUCUAUUUUGAUCUUUGUUAAGUGAGUGUCUUUAUGGUUA